AUGGCGGCGUCCAUAACAGAAACAGCAGCAGCAGAAGCAGCAACAAACGCAGAAGAAUGCAAAGAUGAAGAUGCUAUAAGCUCGACGCUUCAUUCAUGUGCAAAUGAUCCAAAUUUUGCUAUUAUUUGUGCGUUUUUGCAAAAGUUUUCAAAAGAUUUGGGCCUGGAAUUGCCGAAUUUUAAGCAUUUGCAGUUGUGGUUGACAAACAACGAUGAAGUUCCCGAACUAAAAGCUCUGCAUAUAAAAUUGUUGCGCAAAACACGUAAAACUGUUCACGAGAAAAGCUGGGAAUCGGCACUAAGUAAAUUCUGUUUUGGUUAUUCAGCCCAAGAUGCCUGGGAAAUUGAACGAUUCGGUUAUAAGAAUUCCAGUCUAAAAGUCAAAUUGCGUGUAUUCCGGGAACUCCUGGAGAGUCAGUUCGAGAGGAAUGCAAAGUUUCGGGCUCAUAUUUUAACCCUCAAUGCGGAUGCGUUGCGAUGUCGGCCAAUUGGACGCGAUCGUUUAGGUCAUACUUAUUGGUUCACUCAGGACAAGGAUUGCAAUUUGCGUAUCUAUCAGGAGCAUUUGGAUGAGGAGAUUUGGCAAGUGGUGGCCACCAACCGCGAUGAAUUUGUAAAUCUCAUUACCAGGCUAAGGGGAAAUGAGGUAGUGUUGCCCUCUAAGGAUAUAGGCGAAGCGGAUGAGGAUACCACCAGUUCGAGUAAUACUUGUCAAGAGAAACCUCCACCGCCGGAGGAGCAAGAAGAGUUAGAACAUGACGAAGAUGAUGAUGAUGAUGAGGACGAGGAAGAGGAUGAAGAGGAAGAUGACGAUCAAGACGACGAGAAGCAGCAAGAAGAUCAACCGAAAGUUGUGCCCAACUUGAAGAUUAAGCUGCGCUCGCCGCCACCAGAAGAAGAUCAGCCUAAAGUUAAGAGAGUUAAGCCCUUGUUAAUAACCCAAGCGAAAAUCCAAUCGCCAGCACCUUCAACUAAGAAACGUUCUCUAGACGCAGUAGAAGAAAAUAAUACAAUAUCUCUGCAGCAAGAGGAAGAACAAAAAAAGAAAAAUCGACCCACUCUUCUUGACACAAAGAGGAUUAAGAAACCGAGUCGCUAUGAAAGCACAAAGCAUGAUGAUCACCAGAGUGGAUCAGCAGAAUCUGGUGACGAUGAAGAGGGCGAGGAGGAGGAGGAGGACGGUGAAGAUGGAGAGGAAGAAGACUCUGAACUGGAAGAGGGCGAAGAGGAGAAUAGUGAGGAUAUCGAUAGUGCAGCUGCGGACAUUGAAGAGGACGAAGAAGAUGACGAUGCUGAGGACGAUGAAGACGACAAUGUGGGUGAAGCCAUCGAAGAGCCACCAAUGAAAAUAUUUGGCCAGGGAUCAGGCAAAGAUUGCGAUGGGAGCAAUUUAUUUUUACACUAUACGGACGACAAUGAUAUUGAAGAGUCUCCGGUGGGAGAAGCCAUUGAGGAGCCUGUUCAUUAUGUCCAAGGCUUGGGUAAUGGCGCCUCUUGCCUUGUGGGUAACGAGAAAAAUGAAUCUUCAGAGGAUGCAGCAUCUGCGGCAGCCACACCUUCAACCGAACCCAAGGCAACUUUUUUCUUUGGCGAACCUGGUUGCCUCAAGCUGAGUCCCAUUAAGCAACAGCAAACACCAAAGCCAUCGGCAACGAAACGUAGUAUUUUUGAUAGUCUAAGUGAGGAGAAAACGAAUGGCGAACGAGACGUAACACCACCCAGGAAUGGCGACGGGGAACAAAAGGAGGAACAGCCUGAGAUUGACGACAAGAAGGAUAUAGAAACAGUAGCCACAUCAGAUGCUCCAGAAAAAGAUAGAGUGGAUAAAAAGGAAAUUGAUACAAAAGCAAUCUCAAGUGAACAUAAAGAUGACGCAACGAAAGUCGAGCAAACGAAUGAGAAAAUCUCCGAAAGUGUCAAAGAGACUGUUGAAAAGGAGAAGUGUGACCGAUUAAAAAGCGAGACUGUCCAUGAAGAAAGUAAACAGAAAGUGGCACCCGUAAAUAGUCCUAAGACAGAAUUAAAUGUGUCUAAAAAAUUGUGUUCCGAUGAUGAUAAAGCAUUGGAAUCGAUCGAGAAAUCGAGUAAUGAAAAGACGAGUAGCGAAGACUUACCGCUUGAUACUGGAAAGAUCCAACAAUCAGUUGAAUCAAUUAAAAAUUCUAACGAUUUGACAACUAGUAACGACUCAAAUGAUUUGAGUAAAAAGGUUUUAAAUGUCACUGAAACGUCAAAAAAUUCGAAUGGUAAUAUAAUAAAACCCGAAGAAACUUCUAAAUCCGAUAAAAUAGAAAAGACUACCACUGAAAUGAAUGAAAAAUGUAUUAAAGUGAGUGAAGAUAUUGUUCAAAGUGAUGCCACGCUUACUGAGCAAGACAAAAAAGAUGCUAAAAAUAUCAAGGAAUUGUCAAAAAAAGAAUCAAUUCCUAUUCUUGCGGACAAAAGUGAUGCGGAAACGGUGCGAUGUGAUGAAAAAUCUUCCAUUAAAGGCAAUAAUAUGAAAAAGCAUGAUGAAUACUCCUCGGACUGUAAGAAAUUUAAAAGCGAAACGGAAAGUGAAAAUGAGAAGGUUAAGAAAACAGGCGAAACGAUUGCAAAGCAAAUAAUCGAUAAAAGUGAUCAUAGUACAAUUAAAAGCGAUAAAGAUGAUGAAACAGUUAAAAGAUCAUCUUCCGAUAGUAACACUUUGCAAAAGUUAGAAGAGUUUGUAGUACAAAAGAAUAAAGAAUUGCCAAGCACAUCAAAAGUGGAUCUUAAACGUAAGGAAACCAACGAUCUAAAAAAGAAAAGUUCGCCGCCCAAAGAGGAAUCGCAUGUAGUACCAAACAUCACGACAAAGACAACGCCAAAAGCGACAAUGCUGGGUAAACGACGUCUCAAUUUACCACCACCACGUCAAUCGACAUCUGAAAGUGAGGUAGAUGCCCUGGAAGAGGAGCAGCAAGAGGAAGAUCUCGAUGAUUCUGAUAUUGGAGGCAAACGUAUUAAGAUGAGACCGAAGAUAUCCAAUACGGAUGCACGGCGCAAGGUGGAAGCACAAAAAACCCAGAUUGAGGAAACCUCUACAUCUUCAAGUGGUGGCGAAGAAGAUUCACGCAGUCGUCGAAAGAUUGCGGCACCUAAAAGGCAAUUGGAGAAAAUUAAUCCUUCACCCGCAACUACAACGACGACUCCUGUAACAACGAACACGAAGCAGAAGCCAACUCUGGCGGAGAUUAUAGAGAAGAAGCUGAAAAAGACACCAGAUAAGGCGGCAACAACGGCAGAUGCCACAGUUGAGACACCUAAAAAAUCUUCCACUCCCGCUGUAGUUUCUUCUCCAGCUGCAGCUUCAGCUGCUGCUGCUGCUGUUUUUACGCAACCAAAGAAGUCUCCCAUAACAAAGCCACUGAAAAAGAAUCUUCUAACUCAAAUACGUCAAGAGGAAAGUGAUGAAGAGGCCACUCCCAGGAAACGUACAAAUAGUGAAACAGUUGCUCCACCAUCAGUUCCACCCGCUGCGCUUUCCACGGAGGAACGUCAACGUAAACGACGCAGCAGCGAGGAUGCGAAGGAUGCCAAAGAAUCCUCGUCUGGUGAGGAAUCGAUACCAGCCGUCAGUGAGAAACUUAAACGCAAUAAUGACCGGGAGCAGGAAGAAACAGUCUCAAAGUUAACUCAUUCGAAGCAUAAGAGCCCGAAAUCACCGCCAAGACCAAUCAAAAACGAAGAAGAAAGUGAAUUAAUUCCCAAAUCAGAACCAAAGCAUGAAGAGAAGGAAUCAAGUCCAUCGCCUUCUAAGGAUUUAUCAGAUCCACUUGCAUCAAAUCGCCGUUCCGGUCGGCGUGGCGGUGCUGCGGUUGUGCAUAGUGAAUUACCACAACCGAAACGGACGCGUGGAUCUGGUGGCGGUGGUCCAACGAAAUCUCCGCCAGAUACCAUCAAAGAAGUGAAAGAUGAAGCUGCUGUUAAGGUGGAAAGUAAAACGGAAAACAAAGAAGAGGAAGCAGUCAAAGAGAAGAAUUCAAUCGAAGCCGAAGAAACACACAAACCGGAGGAGGAAUCGCCCGACAAAUUGGAAGUGCCCAUCAAAGAGGAUGAGCAUGUUGAAGAGUCACCCAAAGCACCGCCAGCAAAGACAGGACCUGGGCGAGGGCGUGGCCCACGCAAGAAGCGGGAUGUGGAUACCACAAAUAUCAUUGAAUCAAAUGAUUCAGAGACUCCAGUGCGUCAGUCCCGUCGCAUUGCCCAGCAAAAGAUCAAAGAAGAGGCUGAGCGACGCAAGCUAGAGGAAGUGGCUUUGCGUACAAUGAAACAGGAACUGAAAAAGAAAAAAAAAGCUGAAAAGGAAGCCGAUCCCACUGUGCCAGAACCAUCUGCGGAAGAGGAAUCCUCUGAAGAAGCUAGCGAAGCUGAAGAGGCCAGCAAUCAGAUGAAAAAGAAGGCGAAAAAGAAAUGUCCUGGCAAAGAUGGAACCUGGUCAUCAGACUCCGAAGAGCAAGCUGAGAGUGAGGAGGAAGAAGAGGAGCCACCUCAUUAUGAAACCGAUCCGGGAUCACCACUCUUUAAAUCCGAUCACGAAUUCUCACCUGAAUCGGAUGUGGAAGACGAAACCCAAUUGGUGCCCAUGAAACGGGCCCGCACUGUACGCAAAGAGAACGCAGAAGAUGAGGAAUUCGAUGCUGAUGAGGCGUGUCAAAAGUGUGGCAAAUCUGAUCAUCCAGAGUGGAUAUUACUUUGCGAUACUCCCGACUGUAAUAAGGGCUAUCAUUGUUCUUGUCUAUCACCGGUUUUAUUCUAUAUCCCCGAAGGCGAUUGGCAUUGUCCACCCUGUCAGCAGGAGCAUCUAAUAGUUGCCCUCGAGAAUCAGCUAAAGCAAUUUGAUAGCAUGGUCAAUCAAAAGCAGGAAGAGAAACGAUUGGCUGAGCAAGCCGAACUCAUCAGGCUGCAGCAGGAGGCGAAAGAUAAAGAGAACGCUAAAUCCAAAGUUAAUGAGCAUAAACAUCUAAGCGACGACAGUGACGAUGAGGAGGAAGAGGUGAUAAUUAGACAAAAAGAUAAGCCCAAGCGGCGACGCGGCGAUGGUCGCAGCAAUCGUAAAGCAGCCAAAAGGGGUUCACGACGUCGUCGUGGUGGUGGUGACUCAGACGACUCUUCAAAUAGCCAAUCUCGAGGGGGCAGUGGUUCCGAAUCGGCCACAAGUAGUUCCAGUAGCAACAGCUUUUCCGAUUCGGAUGAUGAACCCAUUUAUAAGCUACGUAAACGUCGCCAAAUCAAUGUUAGUUAUCGUCUCAACGAGUACGAUGAUCUCAUCAACUCCGCCUUGAAGAAGGAGAUGGAUGAAGUGGCUGGUGCUGGUAAUUUGGGUCGCGGUAAGGAUAUAUCUACCAUAAUUGAAGCAGACAAGGAGAAGAGUCGUCACGAAACCGAUGACCAGGAGGAGGAAAAGAAACCUGAGUUGGCGAAAGAGAAGAGCGACACCAGUAGCGAUUCAGACGACGAUGAUGCAGUGCCUCUCAAGUCGAGCAAAAUAAAAUCCAAAUUGCAAGCCUCUGGCAAAAAGAAGUCACGCAAGCUAACCACCCUUGAUGUAAGCUCUGAAGAGGAUCAUGGCAGUGAUGAGGACUUCAAAACGUCCAGUUACUCCGAUGAGGAUAGCUCCCAGUCAGCUUCCGAUGAUUCGGAUUCAAGCCUAGAAGUCUAUCGACGACCCGGACGUGGUAAGAAACAAAGAAAAGCCGCACGAAGAGCUGCACGCGAACGGCGUAAGGAUCGCAAAUUCGUUGUCGACGGAUCUGAUGAAAGCGAAGAGGAGAUACAGAAACAGAAAACCAAGACCAAAAAGAAAAAGAAGGAGGACUCGGACUAUACGGAAACCGAGACUGAGGAUGACGAUGACAAUGGAUCGGAACUAUCUGAAAAUAUGGAUAGUGCCGAUCUCUGUGAUGAUACGACGAGUGAGAGUGAAGAUGGGGCUUGGCAUCCUGGUAGGAAGAAGAAGAAAUCGAGUAGCAACAAGAAAUCCAAUGCGGGAUCAGGAGUAGCCAGAAAAUCGCCGAAACUGAAAAAAACUGCGGCACCUGCAAAGAAGGGAAAACGUUUGGAAUAUUCCGAUGAUGACAUCAGCGAAAGUGAACCAGAAGAUGAGGAGGAGGAUGAUGAAGAUGGAGCUCCCAAUUCGGGUAAAGGUUCGGGCAAACAACCCCGUUCUCAGCCUCUCAAAACUGGAGGCUCUGCAUCUGGUCAAGCCAAGGCGAAGCCCAAAAAGAAACCACCUCCCUCCGAUCGUUCCUCUGAUGAGGGCGUCUCGGAUGAGCGUACGCGAACCCGAGGACGUCGUUAUGCCUACAUUGAAGACUUUGAUGAUGACAGUUCCGAUGGUGGCAUAAAGCCCGGUGUCCAACGUCCUGAUACCCCGCCCGAGGAGCGUCAGAAAUUCAUUCAAAAGCAGGAAGAAAUAAAACGCAUGUUGGCCGAAAAGAAUGCCGAAGGCGCCAAGCUGGCGGCCACUCCACGCCUGACACCAAUUAAGGGGGGUAAUCAACCACCAUUACCGGAACAGAAGCAGCGUACUCCCAGCAAAGCUGGUGGAGAUUCCCUGUCCACAGUGCCAUUGUCAGUGAUCAGGCAGGCCAAGGUAUUGGAUAUCGAUUAUUUGCAACGCAAAGGUGAGGCUAUCGGUGAUUUGGAUGAUGUAGAUGAAUCUGAAUUGGAUGACGCUGAAUUGCCCGACGAUUUGCCAGAGGAUAUGGAAGACGCCAUUGCUCGUAUGGUGGAGGAAGAGGAGCAAUUUACCGCUGCAGCAGCCCAUAGAGAAUUGCCCGGCGCGGAAGAAGUCUUACGCACGACUCCAAGCAAAUCGAAACCGGUCAAAGCAGCAGACGGUCCGCCAUCAUCUGUGGCUGCAGUUGCCUCCAAUGCUGCCGCCGCUAGCUCUUCUGGUCUACAGGAACCGCUGAGGAAGCGCCUGCCAAUGCCUACUAUGGGACCACCGCUUCUGCGUCAUCAAUUUCCGGCAUCUGCCUCUUUAUUGCCACCGCCAGGCUCUUCAUCUGCAGCCCGUGGUGGUGGCAUGCAUCCCAUGUUGCAGCUUCAUUUGCAAUCUCAACCGCCUCAGGCGAUGCAACUACUACAGAAUGCUCUCUCCGCUCCUUUGGGGCAACCAUUGAGCCGGCCAAGUUAUGGUCAGCAUCCACCACCACCUAAUCCACAUUUGCCUCUUGGCAUGUCGAUGCCAGCGGCGGCACAUUUGAUGCAAGCUGCUGCCGCAGCGGCUGCAGUGCGUCCACCGCCACCAGAAGCGGCGGGAGCUCCAAUAGACCAAAAACCACGGGGACGACGAAAGAAGGUUACUCCUCUGAGGGAUCAAUUGCAGAAACAGCAAACAGCUGCGGCGGUUACGGCAGCAAGUUCGGUGAUUACUGGCGGACUGCCGCCUCCUUCUCCGACGGAUAAAACAAAACUCUUCAAACCCCAUGAAGAUGCUCCGCCUACUUCUGUUCCUACAUCUGUUACCACUUCUUUGCCAGCCGCUCCAAUAGCCACUCAAGCGUCAGUGAUCACGAGAAUGCCCUCACACUUACAGCCCCCACCACAGCAUGGACGUGGACCACCGGGUGGCAUGUAUCCGAGCAGUGCGGAAUUGGCACGUUUCUAUGGUCAGCCUCUGCCGCCAACGCCAGUCUCAUCCGCCUCGGCGACGGGUUCACCUUCACGUUCACCUUCGACUGCAUCAUCGCCGGGUCCGCCUCGGCAUUUGCUACGUCCACAGAUUCCACCUGGAUUGCCGCCUGCACACUCUGCACUGCGUCCCACCUAUGGACCGCCUCCACCAUUGCGUGGAGCUCCGCCGCCCACUUCUGGUCCACCGAAUGUUGGUGGACCAUCGCCAAAUGCACGUCCUCCGUACUCCUUACAUGGUCCUGAACAUCAUGGGCCUCCACCUGGUGGAAUCUAUGGUGCUGGACCACCACCAGCUAGGCAUGCAUCACCACAUUUGAAUCCCUAUAGAGCUCCACCCAUCUACGGAAAUCCAAAUUAUCCGCCACGCGUUGGACCACCGGGUGCUGGUAGCAUGCGACCAGGAGCUGUGGAUUUCGUAUCCGGACCACGCGGCUAUCCACCCUAUGGCUAUUAUCCACCACCGCCGCUGGCCACACCACCUGCCCAUGCUGCACCCAGCUCUGUUAUAGUAAGUGCUCCGCCAACUCACCCGCCGACCACGCCCACAAAUCAUUCUGUAUCGGCCUUGACGCGUGGCAAAUCCCCCGCUCCGGCGCCGGCUGCAGCCCAAGUUUUACCACCAGCAGUUGCGAUACCUCCACCAGCUCCUGCAGCAGCUUUACCGCCAGUUACGGCUACGGCACCAGCACCAGCAACUGCCCCGCCCCCUGCCGCGCCAGAAGUUGUUGUUGCCGGACAUAAGCCAAGCAAAAAAUUGACAACAUUGGAAGCCUAUUCCAAUACGAAAUCUCCAUUAGCUCCGGCCGCCGAUUCACCAGCAGCCAUUGCUCCUGAAGAGGAUUCAAGUUCGGCACAUGGUGUAUGCUCCAGUGCUCCGCCAGGUGCUGGCUCAUCUUCCUCGGGCGGCGGAGUUGGCGAAUUUAGUGGACUGGUGAGCUAUUUUAGUUCCCAGCAAGACGAUUAUGACACAUAACAAACGCCGUUGGCCAAUAAUAAAAAAAUAAUGUAUAUAAUGUAGUUCAUAUAUGUACAUAUAUGGAUAUAUGUAUAUGUAUAGGAUAAUCACAUGUCUGGGACUCCUCUUUUGGGCCACUUAUUGGAAAUUGAAAUCCUAAACGCAAUUGACAAAUGUGCAUAUAACAGCAAAAACAAAAAAAAAACACAGAAAAGGAAACUGUAGAAAUAUCUUAACCGAUUAGUUAACAAACUGAAUUUUUCAUUUUUUAUUUUAAACAAUUUUUAUUUCUCUUUCG